AUGAGGUUUAUCAUUCCGGCAGUUCUGAGCGUCGCUGCCCUGGCCAUCGUUCUUCCUAUCUCUCACAACGGUCUCGAGACUGCUCUCAACGUCACCAAAACAGUCUCCGCGGUUGCCUCAGCCGAGGCGGAGAAGAUUCAGCCCGCACCCUCCGGACUCGCUUAUGACGGAAGUGUCAAGCUGCUUGAGCUUGUCGGUGAGGUUGCGGACAGAGCUCACGACUCUCUGAAUAAGGUCGCCGCCCGUGCCGCCAAAAUUCCGGCUAACUUGCUCUCCUCUCCGGUCUCUGUUGCGGGUGACACUACCCGGUCAUCGGACAAGAAGCUCUUUCCUCGCUGCGGCAAGAAAAACCCGUUCCCCAAGGCUGUCGCGGAAAAUGCCCCUUGUGACCCCAAGGAUGAACACACUUACCAGCCCGCGGACGCACCGUUCCACCCGAAAGCUGUUGAAGACAACGCGCCGGAUAAGCGUCCGCAGCCGAAAUCGACUCGGCCCGUCGCCAACACCCUUAAGCCAGGCGAUCCAGCACCAACCAUACUCCCUCACGACGGAUAUUACACAACGACCAUGUCCGUGCUGCAGCAAACGUACUCAGAAGCGCCCGUGCCGUCUGGGGCAGGACAAUGCCAGCCGCCUCUCUGCUACGAAGGCUCUGCAGGUACCGUUGCAGAGCGGGACGUGGAUGCCGCUGCGGCCGUCCAAGACGCCGACGAGCGCAAGCAGCCGGGACCUUGGAGGCCGGGUGACCCGACGCCCACCGUGCUCCCUUCCCGGCUGUGGUCUCACACCACGAUGGCCGUGCCGCGGCCAACGUACAUGCUGGCCUCACUGCCGUCUGGAGAAGGGCAGUGCCAACCACCUCACUGCCACGAAGGCCUUCCGGGGGCAAUCGCGGAUGUUAUGCCCACUGUCGAAGUCGACAAGGCCGCAAAGCGCGACAUGGAUGCUGCUGCUGCUGCCGACGUCGUCCUUCGAGCCACAAGUACUUUGUCAGCCACGGCAAUGAUCACUGCCAACCCUUGCCCAUCAGGCUUGUGCCACGAGAUCACGACUGGUCUGGAUGGUUACGCCACGCCUUUCGCGGCCGCGACUACCGUCAAGCAAUGCACAGCGCCCAACUGCUACGCCGGACUUCCUAGCGGCUUCCAGACCAGCGUCAAGAUUACGAAGGCAGAGACGAAGACGAAGCGAGACGCCGACGCCACAUUCCACGCCGCGACCCCAACCGCUGAUGCCUCGAAGAGGGACCUUGACAACGCCGACGCUGCCGACGCCGCCGACAUGGCUGACAACUCAGCCACCUCCAACAAAAGCGAUAAGCAAAAGUGCCACUGGGGCAAGUGCUACUUGACUGGCUGGGUGACCAAGCGCAAGACCGAUGCUCCAAGGAAGAGGGCCAACGACGCCACCGACAGCGCUAAUUCGCCCGUCUGGAUCCUCUGCUUUUAUGAAGGGAAGUUUUGUCACGGGAGAAUGAGGCCGAUUUGGGGGGUUAGAGGACGAGAGGGAUAA